AAAGCGCACCAGUUUACCAACGUGCACUCGAUGAUAUGAAGCUCGUGAUACAGUAGGGGUUCCCUGGUCGCUAAAAUGCCCAGGCGCACGGUAAACGGGCUCGCAGGCAGCCCUGCCCACAAGCGGACGCGGUUCGAGCGAGAUGACGAUCAUAUCGAGACCGCCGGAGCGAGCUCUGCGCUGCGCAAUGAAUCAAGAAAACGUGUCCGCCUCUCAACCCCCGAAUAUGUCAAACCUGAACCGAGCCGCUCCUCUCGCCGAGUUCCGGAGCCGAGCGAGGAUGACGAGGAAGAAGACGGGGAGGAGGACGAUAUUGAUAUGGAAGAGUCUCAUAUCGACGGCGAAGGUGAACCCGUGGCUGGAACCCAGUACGAAAUGCUCCGUGACAAGGAGUUUGCGCAUCUACAGCAUGAAAAGGAGGAUGACCAGCGCGCCACACAACGACUGCGUAGCCGGCCCAAUAUCGUAGGCCAAAAUCAUACGGCAGAGAACGGAAUUCUCUUGAGAGUCGAGUGCGUCAACUUCAUGUGUCACGAAAGACUGAACGUGGAGCUGGGCCCUUUGAUGAACUUCAUCGUUGGAGAGAACGGCAGCGGAAAGAGUGCCAUCUUGACUGCGAUUACGGUUUGUCUUGGAGGCAAGGCAAGCUCGACAAAUCGUGCAGGCAGUCUCAAGGCGCUGGUGAAGUCGGGACAACAACAAGCAAUCUUGUCGGUAACAAUCAAGAACGAAGGACUCGAUGCUUUCCAGCAUGAUAUCUAUGGUGACUCGAUCACAGUCGAGCGCCACUUCUCCACUACCGGAAGCAGCGGAUUCAAGGUCAAAUCCAAGUCUGGGAGGAUUAUCGGAACCAAGAAGGCUCUGGUUGAGGAGAUUGUCGAGUAUUUUUGUCUCCAGGUUGACAACCCACUCAACGUCCUUUCCCAAGACCAGGCCAGAUCAUUUUUGAACUCUGCCUCCGACUCGGAAAAGUAUCAGUUCUUUAUCAUGGGUGUGCAGCUAGAGCAGUUGGAUAAUGACUACCGGCUGGUCAAUGAGUUUGUGGAGUCCGCCCGUUCCAAGAUACCAGAGCAAGAGGAGAGGCUGGUUUUGACCAAGAAGAGAUAUGAAGAGGCCCAGAAGCUUCAUGAGUCCAUGAAACAAAACGAAGAGCUGCGCCGGAAAAGGCGACUCUACAUGCAACAAGUUGCGUGGGCACAGGUUCAGGACCAGGAGAAGAUUCUGGAGGCUCGACAUGAUAAGGUACGGGAUGUCAACGACCAAAUACGCGCCCAAGAGCUCGAGAUCGAGAGAAAAUCUGCAGCGUUUGAUGCUGCAGAUAGAGCCUACGAGCGGGCUGUUGCCGAGGCGGAACGAAUGGCCGAAGAAGAGCCUGAAGCCGCCGCCAUGACUGAUGCUGCACAAGAGAAGUUUGAUGCGGCGAGGCGAGAGCUGGAAAGGAUUCGCCAGGACGAGCGUGAUGCGCAUACACAGCUCAAACAUCACGACAAGGCACUAAAGGCCAACGCUGCCAGCAUCGAGCAGGAGAAGAAAAUCGUAGCUGGAUCCACUGGCGAGGAGGUCACCCGAAAUCGAGACAGGCUUGCUGCUGAGAAAGACCGACUCGAACAGAUCCGCGAGCAGUUAAACGAGAACGCAGCACGCGGCCCAGGUCUGGAGCAACUUCGAGACGAGGCGAAAAACGAGCAAGUCAGGAUGCACCGGGCCGCGGAGGCCAAACAGCAAGAGGUCAGAGCCCAAGAGGGCAGGAUAAGGGACUUGGAGAGGAAUGAUCGUUCUCCGCUUGACGGGUACGAGCCUCGCGUAGUGGACUUGUUGCGUCAGAUCGCCAAUGAUACCGGAUACCGGGAGAAGCCCAUCGGGCCGAUGGGGUCUCUAAUUAGACUUCAUAAACCGGAAUGGUCGAGUCUGCUAGAAAAGACGCUUGGUCAACAACUUAACGCGUUUGUCGUCACAAGCAAAGCAGACCAGCAACGCCUCCAAGCCACCAUGCGCCGUCUUGGUGUCCAAAGAUGCCCCAUCGCGAUUGGAAACCGUACUCCGCUCAACACGGUAGACAAGGAACCAGAUGCUGAAUUCGACACAAUCCUGCGGGUGCUCAAGUUUGACGACGACUUGAUAAGGAACCAACUUAUCAUCGCAGGAUCCAUUGAGCAAGUCAUCCUUAUCCCAGAUCGAAAGGCAGCCGAAAAGGUCAUGUUCGACGGACCGCCACCAAGAAAUGUCAAGGCCUGCCUUUCUUUCAACGAGAGGACCAAGAGCAAGGGCUAUCGUCUAACCGCUAGGCAAGGCGGCCAAAAUCUGUCGACUUCUCAGGUCAACCCCAACCCCGGCUCCAAGCCCCGGAUGAAGGCCGAUGCGCACGCUCAGAUAGCUCAGGAGCGGGAGUACUUGGCCCAGCUCAAGGACGACUACGCUCGACUUUGUCAAAAGCGCGACGAGCAGCGGAGGAAGGUUCAGCAGUGUGAACAGGAGCUACAACAGCAACGACAGACCAAGGCGGAGCUCCAUAGGGAAGAGCGACAAUGUGAGGCAUCAAUCCUAGGAAUCGAGCGUGACCUCGAUCAGUUCGAAGGCUACGACGCUCGUCUCCAGGGACUUGAAGAGGCCAGGGCGCGCCUGCAAGAAGAGUUUGAAACUGUGGGUCGUCAAUACGGAGAGUUGCGUGCAAUCAUGGACGAGCAGAACAAAAAGGUCCAGGCCCUCCAUGCGGAGCUGGCCCAGGAAAAGGCCAAGCGGGACCAGUUCAUGGCACGUAGGGGUAGAGCCGCGGAUAAGAUCAAGGGAUAUGCCGACGGGAGGGCGAUGGAGCUCAGUCAAAAGAAUGCCGCAAUGGAGGAAAUGGAAAAGCUGAAAGACGAUCUGAGACGCGCAGAGAGGAAAGUGGGGGAGCAGGAAACAACUGUGCAAGAGUUUACCACCGAAGCAUCCAAGAUAUUUCCAGAACGGGUGUUUGUGCCCGAGGGUGAAACGCACCAGGCGGUUCAAAAGAAGUUGGACGUGGUCAGGAAGCAGCUUGAGGAUCGCAACAAACGCAUUGGCAAGACUGAGGCGCAGGUGGAAGCUGAGGCCGCAACCGCCAAGAAGGAGUUCGAACACGCCUCCAAGUCGCUCAAGGGAAGCCUGCAAGUGAUCAAGCAGCUGAAGCAGACCAUGGCUCUUCGUCUAGAGAAGUGGCGGCUCUUCCAGCGCUAUAUCUCGGCGAGUGCGCGGACCAAUUUCAUCUAUCUGCUCAGCGAGCGUGGCUAUCGCGGCCGGCUUCUCCUCGACCAUGUCAACCGGAAGCUGCAGAUCCAAGUUGAACCCGACGCGACCAAGAAGAACGGACAGGGCAGGAACACCAAGACGCUGUCUGGUGGCGAGAAGUCGUUUUCUUCGAUCUGCCUCUUGCUGGCCAUAUGGGAUUCCAUGGGCUCGCCCCUUCGCUGCCUGGAUGAGUUUGAUGUGUUCAUGGACAACGUGAACAGGGCCAUCAGCACAAACAUGCUUACCGCUCAAGUCUACCUUACUAACGUGACCGGCUCCAAAAAGGUUUCUGCCGCACGUAGGUCCGUAAGUCGACAAUAUAUUAUGAUCACACCAAACGCCAUCGAGGGACGGGCCAAGGUCGACAAGGACGUCAAGAUCCACAGAAUGACUGAUCCUCGCCAACGCACACUAGCUGGCCCUCAAGCACGCUAG